GAGCGAGAAUGUACCAAGAGUACAUGCAGCUGGUUCCUAUCCCCACACAGACUCACUCCUCUAUUCCUUGCACCUCUUGGGCAGGAUUGGCUGCAUCAAUUAAGAAGUUAUAUGGGCAACCACUGCAUUACCUGACCAACCUCUGCAUGAAGCAACGGGAUCAAAUGAGGAUUGGGGCCGAUGACGAAGUUGAUCCAUUGGAGAUGCUCAUCCAUCCGACCAAAGCCGAAUCAAGCAUCUGGCUUAUGGAAGAAGUUCACAGGCGUACUUCGUCUCCUCAUUACCUCGCCAAGCUCUGGCUUGCUGAUCCCAUGUAUCAUGUUUAUAUUGAUCCAAUUUUCCCAAAGUUUCAGAAUCCAUCCAAAUAGAUUCUUUCUGCAAUACCAAUCCAUCUGAUGGACUUUGUCUAUAAUCCUGAAUUUCUUGUUAAAGAAACAAAAUCGCUAUCCCCAUCACCCAGCCGAAGACAAAUUUUAUAUUUUUUUUUGAGAAUGGUAACAUAUAAGACAAAUUUUAUAUUUUAUAAAGUGUUUAUCAGAUGGCUGCUUUUGAGUUUA